CGACCCGGCUCUGGCGCCCUGGUGUUCGGGCCCCGAGCAAGUGGCUUCCGGAGCCCCGUGUUCUUCGCCAUGGGAACUAUACCCGUUCCUGGCUCAAGGCGCUGCGGGCGGUUUGAGGGAGAUAAAUGUGACCCUAGCCCUAACCGACCGCAGUGGAAAUUCGUGGGGGCUCGCAGGCAAAUAGCCGGAGGUCAGCUCCGCCUGUGUACACAGGGCAUGGUGCCAGGGCCCUGCCGGGAAGUGCAGGGUCGAGGUCAGAUGUCCAGGGCGAGCCCAAGCCCGUGCGGGGGGUGGGGGGACCUGGCUCUGGGCUGGGGCUUGGGGAGAACGGCCUGGACUUCCUGGGCAGCCCCGGGCGGUGGACUCCGACCCAGCACGUGGCCACCCCGCCCUUGGUCUCCCUCACUCUUGUGCCCGUCACUGCCUCCACCAUGCUGCCUCCCAGGACUGCACUGUUCUUGACUCUCGUUUUGGCUGCCGGCUUCCUGGGUCUGAGGGCGCGGCGACCCGCCCAGCAGCCCCCAUCCCCCAUCAGCGCCAUCCAGCCCAAGGCUGACUUCGACGCCCAGCAGUUUGCAGGGACUUGGUUCCUGGCCGCCGUGGCCUCCUCGUGUCGCUUCCUGCAGGAGCAGGGCCACCGGGCUGAGGCCACCACACUGCGCGUGGACCCCCAGGGCACAUCCAUGGCCGUCAGCACCCUCCGAAAGCUGGAUGGCAUCUGCUGGCAGGUGAAGCAGCUCUACAGAAACGCAGGGGUUCCAGGCUGCUUCCUGCUCCAAGCCCGCGGCGCCAGGGGGCAGGCGCAGGUGGCCGUGGGGGAGACGGACUACAGCAGCUUUGCCAUCCUGUACCUGGAGCACUCGAGGCGGCUGUCGGUGAAGCUGUACGCACGCUCACUCCCCGUGGACGACUCGGCGGUGGACAGGUUUGAGCAGCGCGUCCAGCAGGCCAACCUGACUGAGGACCACAUCCUGUAUUUCCCCAAAUACGGUUUCUGCGAGGCCGCAGACCAGUUCCACGUCCUGGACGAGGUCGGCAGGCGAGGCCAGCAGUAGCCGGUCGGUGACACGGAGUGAAGAUCCCCCACGGAGGCCUGUCCCCCACCCGUUCCCUCACCCCCAGGUCCCUGGGGCGCUGCCCCCAUUAAAUGCCAUCCUCCUUGG